CUCGUGGUUGGCUCUCCCACUCUUGGUCUGGCUCUGGCUCUCUCCCCUCGGUCUCUGGGCCUUUUCUUCUCACGGAUUCGGCCGAUCUGGGUCCCGGAUGCUUUCUGCCUGGGGCCGACCCACGUGUGUCUCUCGUCCGCGCCCCCGGUUCCCUCGGACUCCCCGCCGCUGAACCUGCAGAACGUGCCCCACAAGACGUCGCUGCCCGAGGGCAUCCGGGUGGGCACCGUGAUGAGGAUUCGCGGCGUCGUCCCGGAAAAGGCCGGCAGGUUCUAUGUGAACCUGCUGUGCGGCGAGGGGCCGGGCGGGGAGGCUGCCCUCCAUUUCAACCCGCGGCUGGACGAGUCCACGGUGGUCUUCAACAGCCUGGAGCAGGGCACCUGGGGCCGGGAGGAGCGCGGCUCAGGCAUUCCCUUCCAGCAUGGGCAGCCCUUCGACGUGCUCCUCAUCGCCACCGAAGAAGGGUUCAAGGCGGUGGUCGGCGACUCGGAGUACCACCACUUCCGCUACCGGAUCCCGCCGGCGCGCGUGCGCCUCCUGGAGGUGGGCGGGGACCUGCAGCUGCAGUCGGUGAAGAUCUUCUGAGCCUCCGGGCGGGCGGCGGGGUCGGGGGUCGGGGGUCCGGGGUCCGGGGUCCCGGGCGCGGGAGGGCAAAUAAAGUUUCAGCCCGCGUGUGUG